CUGUCUAAUUUCCGUGGAGACAAGUCAGCAUGGCCGGUUUAUCUUACCAUUGGCAAUAUUGAGAAGCAGACCCGACGCCAGCCAAGCUUGCGGGCCAUGGUGCUCAUUGGUUAUCUUCCUGUGAGCAAGCUCGACUGUUUCACUGACCGAGCCCGAUCUGUGGCUGGUUAUCGUUUGUUCCAUUAUUGUAUGAAGGAACUGCUCUCGCCACUUGUUGCUGCAGGCCGCAAAGGCGUGGAGAUGACUUGUGCUGAUGGGUGGGUUCGCCGUGUCUACCCAAUCCUUUCUGCCUAUGUCGCGGACCAUCCAGAGCACUGCUUGGUGGCUUGUUGCAAGGAGAACCGCUGUCCACAGUGCCGAGUUGCCUAUGAAGACUCAGGAAGCCUCCUGGAUACUCUUUAUCGGGACCCAGAGCGCACAAAGAACAUUCUGGAGCAGCAUGCCACUGGAAGACGGGUUCAAGCUUUCAAGACUGAGGGCCUACGUUCUGUAGCAGAGCCAUUCUGGGUGGACUUGCCUCAUACUGACAUCUUCACUGCCUUGACACCUGAUCUAUUGCACCAAUUGCACAAGGGGAUAUUCAAGGAUCACCUUGUGGAGUGGUGCAUGCAUAUCUCAGAUGAAGAUGAGAUUGAUGAACGAUUUCGCUGCAUGACUGACUACCCAGGAUUACGUCAUUUCAAGAAUGGCAUCUCUCUGAUUUCUCAAUGGACAGGCACUGAAUUCAAGGAGAUGGAGAAGGUCUUUGUUGGCCUCUUAGCUGGUGCUGUCCAUCCAACUGCUGCUAUAGCUGCUCGGGCUGCUCUCGACUUCAUCUAUUAUGCUCAAUUUCACACUCACACCUCCGACACUCUUGAUGCAUUGCAGGCAGCACUCCAAGAAUUUCAUGCACACAAAGACAUCUUUGUGAGGCUGGGUGCUCGGGAUCAUUUCAAUAUCCCCAAGUUACAUGCCUUACAGCAUUAUAUUGACUCGAUCAGGUCCCGUGGAGCAGCCGAUGGCUUCAAUACUGAACUCCCUGAACGACUUCAUAUUGAGCAUACCGAGGAGGAGGAGGAGGAGGAGGAGGAGGAGGAGGAGGAGGAGGAGGAGGAGGAGGAGGAGGAGGAGGAGGAUGAGGAGGAUGAGCAUGAGCAUGAGCACAGGUGUCUUCUCUCUCAUAGGCCAGCAUUCCCAGCUAUGAAGAUCCAAGAUAUCAUUACAAAGCACAAGGCGACAGAGUUCAUUCCUGCUCUCUCUACCUACCUCCAGGAAACUAGCUCUUCUACUAUGGCCCACAAGGUGAUGCUGCCUAAUGAAUAUGACCGUGUGGAUGUAUACAAACAGGUCAAGAUCCGUCUACCUCAGCUCCCCAUUCUUGAGGCCAAGCAACGCUUGGAUAGAGUCCGAGCAAUCCCCGCUCAUACACCCCAUUCUGGAAGAGAUCCUGGGCCUGAUCAUUUUGACACUGUUCUUGUGAAGGUGGAGGAUAGGAAUGAUUAUAUUUCUGGUACUGGAUUGGCAGAAGGUCUCCGGGUUGCCCAAGUGCAUGUGAUAUUCACACUCCCAGCAUAUCUGCAGAGUCAUCCACAGCAGUCACGGUACCUCGCUUAUAUUGAAUGGUUCACACCUUUCCGCACUGAAGAUCAAGACCUCCACCUUUACACCAUAUCCCGCAGCAUGAGGAAUCAACGCCCAAAUGCUCAGAUCAUCCCCUUGGAUGAUAUCUUUCGUGGUUGUCACCUAAUACCUAAGUUUGGUUCUUCAGUCAACCCACACUGGUCAUCAAGUAAUGUGUUGGAGAAGUGCAAGUCAUUCUAUCUCAAUAGCUGGAUUGAUUUUGUCAUGUUCUACCAGAUGCGCUGUCUCAAUCUAGUUUGCUAA